AUGUCACAAAAGUUUACGCUAGAAGAUAAGAAACGGUUUAACGGUACCGCUGAGCAUGUAGAAGACGCAGACGAGAAGUCUAAUUCAAAGCAGAAGUUCGUCGAUGUUGAUGAGAAAGUCCUCAUGGCUGAAGGUGAAGAUAAGUUCACGCCUUACAUUAUUUUCGUUUGUUCCACAGCAGCUGUCGCUGGGUUUAUGUUUGGUAUGAAACUGGUAUUAUUGGAAGUAUUACUGUUGCAGUAGGAAUGGAUCU